GAUUCAUAAAUGAUUGUGCCAAGUCGAUCCGGUGCACCUAUGAUGACGCUCUGAUUCAAUCUAGUGUAGUUCAAUGGUUUGGAAUUGGAGGUUCAGUUUUUCGCUAUUGGGAGAGAGAGGGGGGAAAGUUAUUGGUGCUAAAUGGGGACCAUUUGUUGAGAAUGAGGGUAACACUAUCAGUUUUGGUGAUUAUUUCCUUUCGCGAUGAGUAAUCUGAUACUAUUAAGGAAUCUGGUGGUAUAGAGGAGCCUUGAAGUUGUUGAUUACUCAUUUUAAAUUGGCAAACGUGUUGCCCGUGGCACUGUGAAGAUUGGGAUUGACCAUUCGAUUGAUAAAUAGGAGCGAAUUUUCCGGAAUAUUUUGUUUUUUUUUCCUUUAAAGAUUUGUUAAUUGAAAUUUUCGAACAUCUAAGCUUUUGUAUAAUUAAUUUCUCUUUGAAUAGUCACAGAAGAACAUCAACAAAUUGACAAAAACUAAUGUUAAGGACAAGAAAUGCAUGAAAAUCUAAAAUAACAAAGUUUCAGAAACUAUUGACGACAAGUUUUAAAAAAUCUGAAGAAUACGAAGACAGUGGGGAAAGUUGAAGGAAAAAAAUUGGAAGACUAUUGGAAAUUAUAAAUAUCCUCAGCUCCACUGAAGCAACUUACUGCCUUCUGAUAAUAGAAUAUCGUUUUCAAUGGACUCACAUGAAUGCCAUGACAAUAGUUUAAACAGCAGUGAAAUCUCGACAACUCGACAUUUGUAAUUCAUUAACGACUCGAUUAAGCGGAAAAAUCAUUCAUUACACUUUUCAAAUAAAAUCCAUUAAAUAGAAACUGAUGAUCAAAACUAUGAGAUAAAUCGAGAGAUGACGUACCACUGAGAUUCAUACAUUUUUCAUUGUUAGAUGAAAUGUAUUUUGUUAUUUGCCUAAUCAAAUGGGAGAUUUAUGAAGCAAGACUUGUUAAUUAGGACUUUUAUUAGGGAUUUAUUGGAGCAAAAAACCAAAUCUAAAUUGUAUUAAAAUCAAAAUGUGUGAAGAAUGGUUGAGACAUGUGGGAGGAUGGCUUAAUGUGAGGAUAACGAAAUGGGGAGAUAAGGAUGGAGAUGGUUUUGAGUGUUCAAUGGACGACAGAGGACAGGCUUAUUAACCCUACCAUUAAAAAGGGUUGAACGACAUGGAGAUUGGUGUAUCUGGUGUCGUCCAAGUAUUCGUGGGUGAAUGGAGCCCGGAAUACGAGGCAUUGUCAAUAAAAGCAACAAAACAAACAACAUCAGCUGAAAUUGUUGAAUGUAUCAUUGAGAGAUUGGGUCUUGGAGAUGCUAAUCUCAUGAAUGGGUAUGAGUUGGCUGAAGUAGUGGGCAAUUCUGUGGGACAGGAGUGCAAGGAGAGAAGGCUUGGUCCCUCUGAGUGUCCUGUUGCGCUCAUGCUACUGUGGCCAAAAAAUUCAGCACAACAGGAGUAUUACAGGUUUUACCUCCGAAAAAAGCAGCCGGACUACCUCUGGUCGGACAGCCGCUUUCCAAUGGACCCGCAACUUCUGAAGGACUACUUCAACCGCUUCCUGUACCAGCCCCGUGACAAGGAAUAUCCCGACCUCUGUCAGCUCCCUGAUUUAAACGAACAAACUCUUCUAGACAAUCUUCGGGCGCGUUUUCUCGCUGGUAACAUCUACACUUAUGUGGGUAGCAUUCUCAUAGCCGUGAAUCCCUUUAAAUUUUAUCCCAUCUAUAAUCCAAAAUACGUAAAACUAUACCAAAACCGGAGACUGGGCCCUGACAUUCCUCCUCACAUAUUCGCGAUAGCUGAUGCUGCGUAUCACUCGAUGUUGAAGGAAAAGAAGAAUCAGUGUAUUGUAAUAAGUGGUGAAAGUGGAUCAGGAAAAACCGAAUCUACGAAUUUUUUGCUGCAUCAUUUGACAGCAUUGAGCCAGAAAGGAUCGCAUGGAAGUGGAGUAGAGCAGACGAUUCUCAGUGCAGGUCCUGUACUUGAGGCCUUUGGUAAUGCCAAGACAGCUCACAACAAUAACAGCAGUAGAUUUGGUAAAUUCAUUCAAGUCAACUAUAAGGAGAAUGGAAUGGUCCAUGGUGCUGUUGUACAGAAGUAUCUUCUCGAGAAGUCUAGGAUAGUCUCUCAAGGUAAAAAUGAGCGUAACUAUCAUGUCUUCUAUUACCUCCUCGCUGGUGCUAAUGACCAAGAGCGUCAAGUCCUACACCUUGAGUCACCCGAUCGUUACAAUUACCUAAACAAGAGCGGUUGUUACGGUCUCGAGAAUAUAGAUGAACGCCAUGAGUUUUCGAGACUGAAGCAGUCAAUGGAGAUGGUGGGAUUUACACCUGAAAAACAGAGAAGACUCUUCGCAGUCCUCUCAGCUGUAUUGCUGUUAGGAAAUGUUGAGUUUCAACCGAGAAAGUCUUAUCACCAUCACGACGAAGCUGUGGGGGUGAAGAAUCCCGAGGUGGUGGCCAUUAUUUCGGAGUUGCUUAGGGUGAAGCAGGAGACCCUUCUUGCUGCACUGACAGCCAAGAGGGCGAGAGCUUCUGGCGAGACUCUGGUGAUAAACUAUCGUUUGCCUGAAGCCAUUGCUGCCAGGGAUGCAAUGGCCAAGUGCCUUUAUGGCGCUCUAUUCGAUUGGAUUGUCCUUCAGGUCAAUCAUGCUUUGUUAUCGAAGAAGGACACACUGAGGGAUCAUCAGGGCCACAGCAUUGGAGUACUUGAUAUAUUUGGCUUCGAGGACUUCAAGACGUGCAAUAGCUUUGAACAGCUGUGCAUCAAUUAUGCUAAUGAACAGUUGCAGCAUUAUUUCAAUCAGCAUGUAUUUCAGUAUGAACAGAGGGAGUACAGGAAGCAGGGGAUCAGGUGGACUGAUAUUGGAUACAGUGAUAACUCUGGGUGUCUCAAUCUCAUCGAAGGCAAGCCCAAUGGGUUGCUUUGUCUUCUUGACGAUCAGUGUAAUUUUCCUGGUGCCACGAAUGAGACUUUGCUGCAGAAAUUUAAUUCUGUGCAUAAGGAGAAUCAGUUCUAUGAGACACCUCAAAGGAGGGAAGCAGCUUUUGUCGUCAGGCAUUAUGCUGGGGCUGUUAAGUAUCAGGCUGCCAAUAUGCGAGAGAAGAAUCUUGAUCUGAUGAGACCCGAUGGAGUAGUUGGGGUGUUGAAGAACUCGAGUUUGGCUUUUGUCAGAGAGCUGGUGGGAGCUGAUCCGGUUGCUGUCUUCAGGUGGGCCAUACUGAGGGCCUUCUUCAGGGCACAUUUUGCGUUUCAGGAGGCCGGGCGGGCACAUCGACAUGGAAGAGCUGAUGGAAACAAAAAUUCAGUGCAAAACCGAUAUAGAACGCCGAACGAGAAUUUAAUUAGCCCUCAAAAACAAAUACGUCCACCAAGUUAUCAGAAGCAGAGAAGUGUCUGUAUACCAUCAUCAACAUCAGCCACUGUCACAUUAUCACCACCACAAAUUGAAAACACCGAUAGUGUUAAUAACAACCGAUUAUCAUGGCCACAAUUUAGAAAUGUCAAUCAGACUCAACAACACAACACGACGAAUAUAUCUACGCCCAAGGGUUACGUAUUAAGAGUAAGGGAUGAGCAGCAAAAUAGUAAUUAUAGAUUCAGAAGGGAUACACAUACGCCACUCGAGAGGGUACUUCCUAAAGACGAGGCUAAUGUCAUGGAACGUGCCAAUCAGAUCGUCAUGAAGAACAAAUCAUUUCGUCCCCGUGAGCGAGGAAAGAAGGGCCUCAAGAAUCUUCAAACUGUGAAGACUCUGGCUGGACGAACCCAGAGUUAUGGGACAGGUCCUGGAAAAGCAAGGAAGCAACCUAUGACGGUAUCAGCACAGUUUCAACAGAGUCUCCACAGCCUGAUGGACACCCUGAAUCAAGCAAACCCCUUCUUCAUUCGUUGUAUCAAGUCCAACUCGAACAAAAUUCCCAACGAAUUUGAUGAGGAGACGGUUCAGCGCCAGCUCCGUUACACAGGAAUGCUGGAGACCGUGAGGAUUCGUCAAGCAGGCUUCAACGUCCGUCUGACCUACGAAGAAUUCAUUCAAUUGUAUCGAAUGCUCCUUCCACACGGUCUACUGAGCUCGCAAAACGACGUUCGCGAUUUUCUUCUUACCCUCAACCUCAACAAGGACAACUACCAACUGGGAAAAACAAAAGUCUUCCUCCGAGAGUCUGAAAAAAUAAAAUUGGAUAUCGAACUUCAUCAGCAAAUCAUCACAAGUAUCACCACUAUUCAAAAGUGGUUCCGAGCCUGUCUCGAACGUCGAAAGUUCCUCAGAAUAAAGAACGCAGUAGUACUGAUUCAGUCUUUUUGGCGGAUGGUCAUGGCCCAGAAGAUGGCUCACAAUCUAAGAACUAGAAUAGAUGCGGCAACUCACAUUCAAUCCACCUGGCGAGCUUAUAAACAGCAGACCUGGUUUAAGAAAUUUAGAAUCUCUUUGAUCCACUUUCAAGCGAGAAUUCGGGGUAACAAAUCACGAAAGGAAUUCCUAGAGCUCAAGAAACGUAAAAGAGAGUUCUGCAAAUCAGAUUUGAGGUUUGAAGACGAUUCACGAUUACUCACUCGAUUGGAGAUUCAGGGAAAUCUUGAUACGAGCAGUUCCUACUCGAAACGAAAAUUAACGACCAACAAGCGAAUUCUGAACUCUCGAACACCGGAGACAAAGACGGAGACAUUUAAGACAGAGGAGACGAGAAAGGGAAGCCUAGAGUCACUGGCUUCUUUGCGAAGUUAUGAGUCACAAAUGAGUGUCGACAGUGCGGAGAGCCACUUUUCCCAGGAGAAUUCCAACUCUAAACCCAUUCCCUCAGCUAGAACGAAACGAACGGAUCAGACUGUCGUUGUCCACAGCAUCAUGAAUAUGACCAGCAGAUCGUCAUCCGUGAGCAAGAGAACGGACAGUUCAUCCACUGGAUUCAGUGAUGGUGAUACCGAUGGGGAAACUCCUAACGUUAUUCAAAGUGCUUCGCCAAUCUUCAAUAGUCUCUCAGCAUCGAACUUAGCCUCCUUGAGUCCACGGGAAACGAAGUAUUAUAUAGGCCCUCCAAAUAGUCAUCAGACUGAAAUCUGGAGGCGAAGGGCCGAUUUUACUUAUCAGGAUCCACCUCCCCACAAGUCGCUGAUCACCAGAUCUCCAAAUAUAACUCAGUGCAAGCAUUUGACUGAGAGUCUUCUGGAGCACGCCAAGUUGGACAGAUUGAAUGAAGCCACAAACUUGAAUAUAAAAUUAGAAACCAAUGACAGGUACAACAAGAAUGAAUCCUUUGGUCCUCGAGAAGUCAGAAGACUGUCAGAAACGACUGGCGAUCGCUAUGAUACGCUUGGCUCACCAUCAAGACAUUUGCGUGAGUCCAAAGAAUACAACUAUUUGAAACGUCAGAACUCUGAGGGAGAUACAUCCUUGAAAAUCGACAUUCUAGACAAGAUCAGGGAUGAAGAUCUGAAAUUAAAGGAAAAGACUGAACCGGAUGUGCCGGUGCGCAGUGCCAGGAGGAACCGCCCAGGGAGAGAGGUACAGUGUCGAUCAAUGGGUGAAUCAGUCCCUGAAAAUAAUCCCCCUGAGGCUCGGAAUAUCUUUUUAGGGACAAUCAAGGAAUCCGAUUUGAAGACACCACAGAUAUGGUCGAAGAAGGAUGAACUGUCAUCGAGGACAGUCACUGAUUGGCCUGUCAAGUCUGAGGGCUCUUACAAACCCCAAGCUAUUGGCAAACGAGUUCGAUCUAAUGCCAUCACAACGUUGGAGCUCAGGAGACGAAACUCUGAUCCAGCUACGAAGGUCUCAGGCCUAGACGAGAAAUCAUCAGAUUCGUCGAAUGAUCUGAAACUGGCUCCUGGUAUGAACUUGCUGGAGUGGAAAAGCAAUAAUUUGUUCACCCUGGCUGGCCACCGGUUCAGAAAAAUAGCUAGGUUUACGAAGGAAGAUGUCUGUGUUUGUUGUCACGAGAAAAUGGACGCGUUUGUCACCCAGGGAUACAAAUGCAAUGACUGCAAACAACUUUAUCACGUCAAGUGUAUUCAAAAUGGUGGAGUUCUGAAGAUGCCUUGUCCCCUGGCGAAUACCCCCAGCAGAAGAAAAAACAGAAAGCCCAUGAGAACUCCCUACGAAGCUGUCAAGCAAACAGUUCAAUCCAAGUUCAGUUUAACUGGUACAUCAGCUUUCUCGGACAGCACUGACAAAAUCAUCUCCGACGCCAAGGAGCUAGCACUCAUGCAGGACUUCAUAACAAAGAAAAUUUAUGCGAUGGAGGUGCAGGAGGAAGGAAAAAAACCGAGUGAGGUUGAUCGGGUGUUCAAGCAAGCUCUCAGGAAAUUCAAGGACGAUCUCGUCAUCACUUAUAGUUUGGCUAUUCAGCAGGGGGUCGAAGGUAACAUCAAGUACACCGAUCUCAUUGCAAACUUCCUUCAUGUCAUGGAGACUGUCUGCAAGCAGGAGAACACUAGGGAGGAUUUCCCGGUAACAAUGGGAGUUAAUGCUUUCAGAGGUUUUAUGAAUGAGUUCAUGACACUAGUCAAGACGGAAGCGCCGGAGAAGGCGAGCAAGAGCAAACGGAAAAAAGAGAAAAAACGAAAGCAGGAAGAACCAAUCAGACAUGGUAAUCACAUGUUCCAAUUGACAAUCAUCAACAUUCCAACGGCUUGCGAGGUCUGUACAUCGUUCUUCAUGUGGCCCAUAGAGAGAGGUCUGGUCUGUCAGAAUUGCAAGCUCACUUGUCACAAAAAAUGCUACACCAGGGCUGUCGCUGAGUGCGGCAAGGACGGAAUCAAUGAUAGUAAUUGUCGAAAAGUUUUCAAUGUUCCUCUGUACAAGCUCGAUUGUGGAGAUGGAAAGGUGCCCCUUGUGGUCGACAGACUCAUCACAACUAUUGAGAUGCAUGGUUUGUAUACAGAAGGGCUUUAUAGGAAGAGCGGUGUUAGCUCCAAGGUGCGAGAGCUCAAGGUGAAGAUGGAUGAGGGAGAUCUGGAAAAGGUGGACUUUGAAAAUUACCAGGUGCAUGUCUUGGCGGCAGUUCUGAAGAGCUUCUUCAGGGACAUGCCUGAACCCUUAAUGACAUUCGAAUAUUAUGAUGAUUUUCUCCAUGCUGCUAAUCUCACUGAUCCUCACGAUAGAAUUAGCACUUUGUUCGCGAUAUUGAAGAAACUUCCGAAGCCCAAUUUUGAUCUUAUGGAGAGGCUGAUUGUUCAUUUAGCCAGGGUUGCUUUGCACGAGGUUGAUAACAGAAUGUCACCUUCUGCUCUGGCUAUUGUUUUUGCUCCUUGUAUUUUGAGAACCAAUCGGGUACUUCCUGCCCAGGAUUCUCUUCAGGAUGUUGGUAGGCAGACCAAGUGCAUUGAGACUAUUGUUCAGGAGAAGCUGAGGUUUGUUAAGACAACGCUUGCUGAUAUCAGUACUUUGGAAUCCGCGUGCCAUGCGGCGACGAAUAGAUUAUCCAGUUUGAGGUCUUCCAAGAUAUUUAGUCCUGAGGAACUCAAUGUAGGGAGCACCACAUUGGGAAGGUGUACCAAUGAGGGGGGUGGGGAUAGGGGGGAUGAAGAGGAGGCACUCUUAGUGGGGCACAUUCAGACGAUUCAGAAGGAGAAGGCUCUGUUGACGUCGACCCUACCGAGCUUGACGAGGGCCUCUUCCGAUGAUGAUUUGCUGCUGUCAGCGACAGACCUCGAUGAUGGAUCGCUUGAUGAUCUGCUGCCUACUUCUGCUGAUGCUUUGGCUCGAAAAAAGGCGGUUCAUCGACAGAGUUCCACCGACAACUCCUUCCCAACUAUAAUUAACGUGGAUGAGGACAUGGUGAUGGUAUGACCUGUCAGAGGAUCCCAUGAAAUUUCUGUCAGUCCGUGCCUCAAACAGAAUACUUUUUCCAUGUGAAUCACCCAUGCAAUGCCGAAUGUAUGUAAAUGUGUACGUGUAUCUGUACGAAGACCUUUGGGAUACUUCCUCGCACUGAAAAAUUGUCUCAGCAAUUCCACCAAUUUUUCACGACAAUUAUAUAAUGAUUCAGCUCUGUGUGGAGGGACAAAAAGAGUUAUCGGUUUUCGAUACAUUGAAUAUAUUCUCUUUUUAUUCACAAGUGAAUUUUCUUCUCAAUCAUUAUACUGAUGAAUAAUUUGAGUAAAAAGAAAGUUUAUUCUCACGUCGUUAACCAAAAUUUUAACGCAACAAUAACAAUUAUAUUAUUUAUUUGAAUGAUUAAUUAAUGGUAAUUCAUAGAUUAUUAUUUUCUCUUCUGGUAUAUUUAAGAUCACUCUCAUGACUUGGCCCAUUGAAUUAUCAUAAUUUAACGUUCAGGCUCAUGCAUUCCCAAUCGAGAACUGUUAAAUGUCAGUCUUCGAUUUUAUAUUUUUCUUCAAUUUUAAAUCUUUGAUUUUAUAUCAAGAUCUCGAUGUAUCGGAUUUAUUCCAGCAAAAAAUUGUCUCACGUUUUUUUAGUUCAUAUUACUAGUUUUUCCGCCUUAUUCGAGGGCAAGCGACACGUGAUUUUAUGAAUUAAUUCUCUCAUUUUUUUUUAUUGAAACAGAUAAAUAUUGAAAGAAGGAAUUUAAGGGGAUUAUAAAGUGGUGCCGUCUUAGGCACUGGAAAGUUAUUUUUGUUACUCGCCUACUGAUCGACUGAUCGUAUAUUUCGUUAGGAAUAUAAAUGUGUGAAUACGAAGUGCUUAAUGGAGAUGGGAUGAUUUAAUAAUAAUAGAACUGACAGCGAGCAAAAUUUGGGGAAUAGAUUGGCUUCAACAGCCCGAAAAAUCUUUGCACUGAAACGACUCGACCUCUCUGACUUCCUUAUCGAGAUAAAAAUGAUGAUUGAACUCAAAUUAUGAAAAAAAAACUACGAUAAAAACCAAAAUUUAGCCUGUACAUAUUUAACAAAACUAUUACCGAUAAUUAAUCUGUUAUUAUUGUUACGUUUAUCAAAUACGUUACCAAGAUUAUAUUUUUUGCUGGUAAUAUCGUUUUAGGUAUUAAAAUGAAACUAAAAUUAAUUCGAUAUUCCUAAUGAAAGCAAUCGUGCGCCAAUUUCACUUGUACGAAAUAUCGUUCUCCACUAUCAAAGAUGAUGAUUAUAUUGCAAAUUCUGUUUUUUUUAAACUUAAGCAAAAAGAGGGGAAAUGAAUCUUGAAUAGUAGAGUUAGAUACACGUAAUGUGUACAGAAGAAAAGGAAGAAACAUUUUAAUUGCAUUUAAUUCAACCCUGUGUCUGAGAGAUUUAAAUAGAUAAAGUAAUGAAUUAUAAUAAGUCGACGAUGAACGCAUGACGUUCGAAAUUCGCCACAUGAUGGAAGAAAAAAAAAUGAUUGAAAAAGAAUACAAUACACGACACGUAAAGUUAGAGAGAAAAGAGGAUAAAAUAUUAAUUAAUAAUAACAUUAUUUUGUUUACUGUAAAUCUGUCCCAAUAUAACGAUUAAUAACUACCCAGUGCUAUUUAUAGUUAAUCGAACAAAUUAGUGGUGUACAAAUGAUGAUAAAACAUUAAUAAUAAUUUACCAAUGUAUGUUAACAAAACGUUUAUGGAGAGGCGCUUUGAUACAUCUUUUAUUCUCUUCGAGCGGGUUUAUGUAUAUUCUCCUGCGAAUUCGACUGACACUGUAUACAAAUAAUUUUUUUUGUUCAUACUGCCAUCGAUUCGUAUUGAUUAUUAUUAUUUUCUAUUCGCUUAUUCCUUUUUUCUCUUUAUUAUCGAUUUAUUCAUUACGAAAACAGGGAUUAAAUAAUUUCGAUAUUCAUCUGAUAAUAAUUCACGCGUUGAUAAACAAUAUAAUGCGUAUUUAUAUAUUUUUUACAUUUUUCCUUAUAUAUAAAUCACUUUUUUUUUUAUUUAGUGUGAAUAGUCAAUCGACCAGAGUCGACUGAAAAUAAUGGAUUUUAUGCUCUUUUUUAAUCGGCCAAUGUUUUAAGUCGUUUCUAUUGAUUUUAGAGAUUAAUAAAAUGUCAAAUCAAUUACAAAA